CAUCCAAAUCCAUAAAAAUAUUGAGGGCCAAACUGAGUCACUGACCCUUUCUCUCGGACCACCAACUUCAAUAUCUUCUGCCCUGAGCGAGAGAAUUGGGAGGGAGAUACGGGAAGGGAAGUUAUGGAGUUAACGGCACAGCAGCUCAGGGGGUUCAACGGCUCCGACGCCGGAAAACCGAUCUAUGUCGCGAUCAAGGGGAGGAUCUUCGACGUGUCAGCCGCCCGGAACUUCUACGGGCCCGGUGGCGAUUAUUGCAUGUUUGCCGGCAAGGACGCCAGCAGGGCGCUAGCCAAGAUGAGCAAGAAGGAGGAAGAUAUCUGCUCUUCCUUGGACGGACUUUCCGAGAACGAACUGGGCGUCCUCCUUGACUGGGAGAAGAAGUUCGAGGCCAAGUAUGCUGUUGUUGGUCGCGUCGUGUAGUACUCGAAUAUGUGGAAACAUGUUAAUGGGUCCUUUUCUCUUUAUGGUAUGAGUAUCCGUGUAAAACUCAAGUGGGUAUUUUGGGUUUCUCAGUAUACUGAUUCCGGGAGUGUCUGAAUGGAUUCUCAUGGUUAACGAUGUGGGCUUAUAAGAGAUCUGUUCUUAUUAUCGUGA